AUGGACUGCUUAAAUGCUCUUAAAAAUAUAGCCAUUGAUAUCGCCAGCUGUAAUCAGGUUUUACUUGCCACUGCAUUAGUAAAUACCGAGUCGGAAGCUGGGGGAAAUCACGUGCUCAGAGCUUUAUUAGAUCAAGGGUCACAAGCCUGUUUUAUAACAGAGGCCGCAGUCCAGUUACUACGUCUAAAGAAGACUCCUGCUAGUGGCAUAAUUACUGGUCUUGGUGGAGACAAAGCUCUAACAUCGAAAUAUGUUGUUACGGUUAAACUAAGAUCGAGGGGAAACCUGGACAGAAAAAUACAGGUCACAGCUUAUGUGCUAAAGAACAUCACAACGUUCCUACCAGAACGUCAAGUUCAGGGCUUAGACUGGACAGAAUUAAAAUAUUUACAACUCGCAGAUCCCUAUUUUGAAACUCCCAAGGCCAUUGAUAUGCUAUUAGGUGCUAACGUCUACAGCCAAAUAGUGCAAGAGGGCAUAAAGAAGAGCCAAAAUGGGAAGCUCAUUGCACAAAAAACAACGUUAGGUUGGAUUUUGUCUGGCUCAGUCAAUGACCCUUUUAACAGAAACGACGGGGAUCCACCGAAAAUAUCGGUCAUGCAUGCUAAGGUUACCGAAACAGAUAUUUUAAAACAGUUUUGGGAAUUAGAAGAAGAGAGAUAUAGUACGAAGAGUAUGUGGACAGAAGAGGAGAAAAGAUGCGAAGAAAUCUUCGUCACUACAACAAAAAGGACAGAUGAAGGUCGCUACAUCGUGAAAUUGCCAUUUCGAGAUAGUCAGCCUGGUUGUUUAGGUGGUGAUUCGCGACAAAUAGCUGUAACAAAAUUCAAAACACUAGAAAAAAGGCUAUCAAAGAAUUCAGAACUGAAAGAAAAGUACACCGAAGUAAUUAACGAAUAUUUACACUUAGGACACAUGAGAGCUAUAACAAAGGAUGAUAUGAAAAAGAAUGAAGCUGUCUACUUACCACACCACGCAGUGAUAAGAAACGACAAGACAACCUCAAAGGUGCGCGUAGUCUUCAAUGCAUCAAGCAAAAAUAACUUAGGAGUCUCGCUCAAUGACAAUCUAAUGAUAGGACCUAAACUGCAGUCAGAUUUACGGCAUACUGUAAUAAGAUGGAGAGUUCAUCCGAUCGCGUUGGUAGCUGACAUUAUCAAAAUGUAUCGGCAGGUCAGAAUUGCUGAAGAGGACACCAUGUUUCAACGCAUAGUUUGGCGCGACAGCCCUGAAACAGAAAUACAAGAUUAUGAAUUAUUAACAGUGACGUUUGGAACUGCAUCCGCUCCGUACUUGGCUGUCAGAGCAUUGAACCAAGUAAGCCUAGAUGAAGGUACGAACUUUCCUCUAGCUUCAUCUAGAGUAUUGCAAUCAUUCUAUAUGGAUGACUUAAUGACUGGAUGCGUUAGCGUGGAGGAAGGCAUGGAGAUUUAUAGGCAAAUGACUGCGUUAUUAUCUAAAGGCGGGUUUCAACUACAAAAAUGGAACAGCAAUAGUAAGGACUUGUUGGAUCAGAUACAAAAUAAUGAAAAUCAAGAAAAGGACAUGCACAAGCAGAUUCCUGAAUUCCAGAACAAGCAAAAACAGAGAACACAAAAAAUAAAUAAACUGGACAACGAGGACAAAAUGAUAGAGGACAUGGAAAAUAUCAAGGACAAAAAGGAUAUAGAAAUUAAAACAGAAAAUACAACCAAAGUGUUAGGACUUACCUGGGACCGAAGUGAAGACCAGUUUAGGUACUCGGUGAAUCUCCCGCAUACAACGCCUGGACCUGAAACAAAGAGAUCAGUAUUAUCAGUGAUAGCGCGUCUGUACGAUCCGCUAGGUUGGAUAGCACCUAGCAUAAUAGUAGCAAAAAUGUUCAUUCAAAAAUUAUGGUUAGCAGGUGUAAACUGGGAUGAACCAAUUUCAGAAGAAUUAAGAAGCGAAUGGGUUACUUACCGCAAUGAACUGGAACAACUCACCAAAGUACAAGUCCCACGAUGGCUAGGCAUUUCAACAACGGACAGUGAAAUUGAAUUACACGGGUUCUGCGAUGCAUCCAAACUGGCCUAUGCAGCCGUUGUCUAUUUGAGAAUCGUUGACAGUGCGGGAAACAGACAAGUUUCUUUACUAGCAGCAAAAACAAGAGUAUCACCAAUUAAGCAGGUCAGUAUUCCUCGUCUCGAACUCUGUGGAGCAGCACUCUUAUCGAGACUUUUAGCAGAAGUGGCCGAUGUUUUGAGCAUCUCAAAGAACAACAUCAGAGCUUGGACGGACUCGACGGUUGUUCUUUCUUGGUUAAAUAGCCAUCCAAGUCGUUGGAAGACUUUUGUAGCCAACAGGGUUGCAGAGAUCCUAACGACUAUGGAUUCUGCCCAGUGGUAUCAUGUCUCAUCCAAGGAGAACCCGGCAGACUGUGCAUCGCGAGGUCUCCAACCGGGAUUGCUUGCAGAGAAUGAGCUUUGGUUCUCCGGUCCACAAUUUCUUAGAGAGCAAACCAUAAAAUAUAAAAAGCCAACAAAUGUGAAAGUUCAUUUAGAGGAAGCAAUUAGUGCGGCUAAAGAGCUCCAGCAACUCAACCGGAUGCAAAGGGAUGUGGCUGAAUAUUUAGCAACCAAUGGCACCGAAUGGCACUUUAUUCCACCUCACGCCCCUAAUUUCGGUGGUCUUUGGGAGGCUGGUGUAAAGGCCACCAAAUUCCACUUGAAGCGUGCAAUCGGCGAGUCAACUCUAACCUUCGAAGAAAUGUGCACACUACUCAGUCAGAUAGAAGCAUGCCUAAACUCGCGACCUAUAUCAAUCGAUAGUUCAGAUCCGAGUGAUCCACGGCCGUUGACUCCAGGUCAUUUUCUUAUUGGAGGGCCGUUAAUAGCUAUACCGGAGGUCAAGGACUAUUUGACUUCCAAUUCGCCACACCCGCAAGCAGUGGCGCCUCUCACUCAUACGAAGGAAUCAAUCAAUAGUCACUUGAUACACGAACCCAAGCUGGACGCCACUCACCAAUCUCACACUAGAUGGCAGCACCAGUACGUUACAGCUAAAGCUCAAGUAAAACACGCAAAUCUGAAUCGCACUAACGGAGCGUUUAGGAAUCUGCACUAUAUAUUAUAG